UCUCCCUGGGUUGUUCCUGGCCAGCAGGCACUGCAUUUCUUGUGGUGGGGCCGCUUCUGGGGUGCAGCCCUGCUCUGCCCAGCUGCAGCCUGGCUCCUCGGAACGCAGUGCCACUCCUCCCCGCAGGAACAGCAGCGGCUUCACGGCACGCCGGGCGGGAGCGGCUGCUGGCAGCAGAAAACCUCCCAGGAAAGAGGAGAAGAGGCAGCAGGAACGGAGAGGAGCCAUCAGCAGGGAAACGAUGCAGCUGCACCGUCCCAUAGAGCUGCUGGGGACCAGCUGGAUGCUCCUGGCAGGGCUGCUGGUGCCUUUGCAGCAGGCCGCGGAAGCAGAGGGAGCCCUGCAGAGAAGAGUGGUCGUGGUGGGCUCCUCCGUGCUGCUUGCUGGGCCAGCUGAUGCUGUGCACAUCCACUCCGCGCGCUGGGAGUACCUCAAUGGCUCCGUCUCCCGCGCCGUCGUGCAGUACGAUGAGGGGUCGCACUACGUGGCCAUCCACCCACCCUACGUGGGACGAGCCCUUUUCCAUCCACCCAAUGGAUCUCUCCUCCUGGAGGACCUACAGGAAAGCGACAGCGGCAUCUACAAAGUGACCAUCAACCUGGCAGAAAGGGAGAGCCUGAAGGUCUUGCUGGAUGUCCUCAAGCCCGUGUCUCGCCCUCAGCUCUGGAGCAGUGGCCUGGUGGCCAAGGCCACCGGUGAGGUGCUCUGCGAGGUGGUGGAGGGCAGGGUGGACACCAUCACCUGGAAGAAGGACGGGCAGGCGCUUCCCCGGGGCAGAGGUUUCCACGUCUCCGGCAGCCUCAGCAUUUUGCACCUGAGGGCGGUGAAGAAGUCGGACUGCGGCUCCUACUCCUGCAACGCCAGCAAUGGGAUAAGCUGGCAGGAGACCUCCCUGAAUGUCACUGUUGCAGGUGCUCACCAAAACAGCAGCUCAAGUGGUACUUUCCAUGGGCCCAGGGAAAUGGGAGAUGCUGCUCCCAGCUCCCAGCACUCUUCCUGCUCUCCACCCAUCCCCAGCACCCCGGAGUGCUCUCAGCCCCUUCUUCUUCCCCCAUGCCCCAAGGCCUGGCCCCCAUCCCGUGAGGCGGUGGCCGACACACACCAUUGA